UUCAUAAACGCCUCAGGUUUCUUCUAUCUAAAAUUGAUUAACAUCCUCAAAAAGCAUUAUGGCAUCUUCAAUAGAAAAUCAAGCCAGUCAAGUUGAUGAAGCAAAAGAUGAACACUUUGGAUAUGCCAUGCAACUAGCUUUGAGCUCAGUGCUACCCAUGACUCUACACACGGCGAUUCAGCUCGGCAUCUUUGAGAUCAUAGCCAAAGCAGGUCCAGAUGUCAAACUCUCUGCUUCAGAUAUCGCAGCCAAGAUGCCCACAGAUAACCCCGAUGCACCAAAGAUGCUGGACCGUAUUCUAAGGCUCUUGGCUAGCCACCAAGUGCUUUGUUGUUUUGUCGAUGGCUCGGAGAGAUUCUACAGUCUGGCUCCUGUGUCCAAGUACUUUGUGCCCAACAAAAAUGGUGUUUCUUUGGCCCCCUUCAUGGCCUUGAUUCAAGACAACGUCUUCUUACAGAGUUGGUCUCAACUAAAAGAUGCAGUUCUUGAAGGAGGAGUUGCGUUUGACAGAGUCCACGCAGUACAUGCCUUUAAGUACCCUGGCUUGGACCCUAGGUUCAAUCAGGUAUUCAACACAGCAAUGUACAACCAAACCACUGUUGUAAUUGGAAAUAUGCUUGAGAAAUACAAUGGUUUCAAGAACCUGAAACAGCUGGUUGAUAUUGGUGGUGGCUUGGGACACACUAUGAAGGCAGUAACCUCUAAAUAUCCCCAAAUCAAGGGUAUCAAUUUCGACUUGCCACAUGUUAUAGAGCAUGCGCCGGCCUAUCCUGGUGUGGAACACGUGGGAGGAGAUAUGUUUGAAAGUGUUCCCAAAGGAAAUGCCAUUUUCUUGAAGUGGAUACUCCAUGAUUGGAGUGAUGAUCACUGCUUGAAGUUGUUGAAGAACUGCUACAAAGCUAUUCCAGAGGAUGGGAAGGUAAUUGUUAUGGAAUCAGUUCUUCCGAUCACGGCCAAGACAAGUCCUGCUGCGAAAGCGAUCUCGCAACUUGAUGUACUGAUGAUGUCUCAAAAUCCAGGAGGGAAAGAACGGACUGAAGAUGAAUUCAAGACCCUGGCCACUGCAGCUGGAUUCCGUGGCAUCAAAUUUGAAACCUUCGUUUGUAAUUUUUGGGUAAUGGAGUUCUUCAAGUAGAUUACUGCUUAAAAUUGCAUUUUGCAGAAAUUAGAGUAUGCAUUACCAGUUUCUACCAUAAUUGAAGCGUUCAUGCUUGCCCGUGUAGAACGAUAUUUAUGGAAUAAAUAAAAUAGCUGUUCAUCAGCUUUUAGCAUUCC